AACAUAUUUUCACAAAAACACAACAUAAUAAUCAUAACUUCAUUAAGUCAAUCAAGGGAAAAAAAAUAUAACUUAAGUGGACUUAAUUUAGUUACUAAAUGUAGCAAAAAACCUAAUAGCAAAAAUGCAUGCUAUAUAUAGCGAGUGAUAAUGAGUAAUUUGAAUACUUUUCAUCACAAGGGAUAUUCCACUUUGAUGGUUCAAGUUUUUAACAGUUUAUAACAUAACUGUAGUGGAGUAGUGGCAUUACGAUCCUAAAGGAAACCCAACAAAUAAUUCUCAAAAUAAACAAAACAAAAACAACAAAUUACUAUUAUUUUCUUUAAACAAAAAAAGGCAAAAAUAAUGAAAGAAGAGAGAGAAAAUUAAAAAACAAAAAAAAAAAAAAGUAGUAGGAGAAGGCGCAAAAUCCGUGGGGUUCCAGGCUUGCACUCUAAACUUCCAGAGGGAGUCGUUGAGGAGAAGUAAUGGGUUUGCUUGAAAGCCAACCGAAUCUCACUCCUUUCCUCGCCCUCCUCACACUUACAUUGCAUAUUGCAUCUCUUUCUUUCUCUCUCUACCACUCUUACAUUACCAUUAUUUCACAUUGCCGCCUAUUUUUUUUUUUAUACUAUAUAUUAACAUUCUAAGCUUGGUUAAUAUUCUCUAUAUAUUUUUGGAGGAGUACAUCAUCGUCAUAUCAUAACAUAACAUAACAUAAAUUCGCGGUUACCACUUCACAUUAUAUUUCACAUUCAAACACCCUAUCCUUUUUUUCUCUACUUAUAGCCUAACUCAACCUUCUCUUCUUCUAACCAUUCACUACUCUUUAUUUCUCUUUCUAUAUUUUCUCUCUACACAACAACUAAUUCCAAGAAUUAUUUCUUCUUCUUCUUGGGAUUUGCUUAACAAAUUUUACUAAUGGUAGCCCAACAAGAAGAAGUUAUUGUUGGGGAUCAACAACAAAUUAAGCACAACAACAACUCUAAUAUGAUGAUGAUGAUUAAGGGGAAGCGUACUAAGCGGUCGCGGUCUAGGCCGUUGUCGCCUUUAGCGUUAACUAUGUCUUCCGCUACCACCAACGACGAAGGCGGUGCUAAUUCCGCUACCUCCCCUCCACAUUCCGCCGCUACCUCGGAAGAGGAAGAGGAUAUGGCUCAUUGUUUGAUCCUUCUUGCUCAAGGGUCCAACCAAUUAAGUAGCAACUCUAACAACAACCACAACAAUAACAAUAACAAUUCCAAUAACCAAAAGGGUAUUAUUGGAGUUUCCACUACUUCUUACGAAUGCAAGACAUGUAACAAGUCAUUCUCUUCUUUUCAAGCAUUAGGAGGACAUAGAGCUAGCCACAAAAAACCUAAGCCAAACCUCGUCGCCUUAUCUGACCUUAAAAAAUCUUCCACGUCCUCGUCCUCCUCGGCCUCCGUCAUUUUCUCCCUCCUAAACCAGCACCACCACCACAACCACCACGAAGACGACACGACGUUGUCUCUACAAAUCUCCAAUUCCUCACUUUCUACAAACAAUGCUUACACCAAUAAUACUACUACUAACAAUAAGGCAACCAAGGUGCAUGAGUGCGGCAUUUGUGGAGCGGAGUUUUCAUCAGGGCAAGCAUUAGGCGGUCAUAUGCGGCGUCACAGGCCGAUCGGUAUGACGCCUGCUAGCUUAGCAGCCAUUGACAUUGCUAACAAUAACAACAACAACAACAACAACAACAACAACGUUAAAGAGAAGAUGAUGAUCACGACACCGACAACACGAAACGAUCUGUUGUCAUUAGACCUCAAUCUUCCAGCUCCUGAAGAUGAACUCCAACAACAACAACAACAACAACAACAACAACAACAACAACGAGAUUUGUCUUCAAAGUUUGUUUUUCCUUCGAAUGAAAAAACCUUGGUGUUCUCUGCGGCUUCUCAGCUGGUAGAUUGCCAUUAUUGAUCAUUAUGAUCGAUCUUAUUCCCAAUUCUUACACUUCUUUUUUUUUUAGCCAGAAUUUUUUUCUUUUAAUACUUGUGAAUUUCUUAGAUACACACAAUUCAAUUGUUAUUCAACAUUAUCAUAAUUGUUCAUUAUUAAUCAGCUCAUGAUAUUGAUUCUUUGUAUUUAUUUUAAUUACUGACAAUAUAAGAAAAAUUAAUUAUUCUUUUGAGUAUGUCAAAUUGGCAAUAUUAUGUAUAUAUAUUUUUUGUUGUA